AUGACUCAAAAGAAGACAUAUUCAAGGACUGCUCCUUUUACUCAGCAAAACUGGCAAGCUGGACACAACGCAAAAAGCAUGGGUGCGAGUUUCUCUACACUCAAGAGUCAGGAUGACGCCGGCCCUCCACAGAAGCGUCAAAAAACAUCAACUUCCGAUCCUGUCAAACACGUCUCACCCCUGGAUCAAGAAAAGCGCUCAACUCUCCGCAUUGAUGUUCAUAAGCUCUUUCAUAAAGACUCUAAGAAAACCCGAUCUCUUCAAGCUCCUCCUCCAACCGAAGGGGUCCUCAACAGCAAGGGCAAAUGCCAAAUCACGGUUUCUGAUGUGAGCAAGGGUUUCACUCACAUCCUCUAUCGCAGUAGUCAAGCGUGCGACAUUCUCACACACAAAAACCCAGCUGGUCCUCAUCGAAUCUCAUACAUCAAACUGCCUAAACCGUUUCUUAUACCCGAAGAAACUAUUCUGGUCAAUAGGCAAGAUGAUGAGGCUCACGAUUUCUCAACCUCGUACAAACUCGAUGUUGAUUUUGAGUCGAUCCACGAUGGCACAUGGCCACCACUCGAUGCCAAUGAGCUGGGGUUCUCCGCACAACAGCAAUCCCUUCUUCCGGAAACCAACAAGCAGAAAUGGGUUUUGCACAGCGAGUUUGCCCAGGUGUACGCCAGGAGCAAAAAUCCGGUCAAGCUCACAACCGGAUUUCACCCACAACGUCCCGAACGGUCAACAGACUAUGUCAUGGAUGUAGAUUUGCGCUGGGCGACGAAUUUGCGAUCUGUUGAUACUACCGCCAAAAACUGCAUCACUGCUUUCGAUCCAGAUGCCGCGUUUUACACAAACGGGCAACUUGAACCCAUCUUCGACGACCUACUUGAAUGUACUAGUCCAUCUGAUAGUGAGAAUGGCGUGGAUGGAUUCGAAGCCAUGAGCGAUCUGAAUGAAGUCAACGGAAUUAACGGUAUCGAUGAAAUCGGUGGAAUUAACGAAAUCGAUGACAUCGAUGAAAUUGGCGGCAUUAAUGACAUCGAUGAUCAUGGCAUGGUCGGAACGAAAGACAUCAAUGGGACUAACAAGGAUCAUAAUAUGGUUGAGAUAAACGACACUAAGGAAAUCGACAAAGACCAUGACAUGGCUACUGUAAACGGUGUCAAUGGGACCGACAGCAACAAGGACCAUGGCACAGCUGACGCGAAUGGCAUCAACGGGAUCGAUAACGAUCAUGACAUGGCCGGCACAAACGAUAUUGAAGGAAUCAACGAUGACAAGGAUCAUGACAUGGCUGAUGCAAAUGGCAUCAAUGAUGUUGCGCACGAUGCUAACGGCGUCAAUGGUAUUCGAGAGUCAAAUGGCGUGAGCGAGCGUGUUGAUGAGGAGGACUCGUUGCAUGACCAUUCACAUGACCAUUCACAUGACCACUCACAUGAACUUGAGGAGGAAUUAGAAGGUGACCAGACUCCUAACCGCGCGUUACGAAAGAGGACCAACAAUAAGCAAUACAACCUCAAAGUACUGACUGCGCAAGCUCAUGGGAAAGAGCGCAAACCUCGGGUGAGGCCCGGCAACCUCGCGCAGGUCGAAGGUCGCGUCACAUAUUUGCCACCAAUCAAUGAGCCGGUGUACCUUGACUCCUGGCGGUGCUUGACUUGCGGGUGCCUCAAUGAUUCGUUGGCACUAUUGCGAGCUCAUCUAAAGGAAUAUCAUGCAAACUACGAUUAUGCACUGGAAACAACGAGUCAAGGGCCGUUAUUUCGUGUUACUCGGAUUUCUGGCUCUGCUGGUUCACCAACACAGACUUUGCAGCUCGGGAAGCCGACAAAAUCGUUCGAUCUGCAAGAUUACGUUGAUGGGGAAAAUUCCUGGACAGCUUCGCGUUUCGGCCCAGAUCAUAUCGAUGAGCCUGUAAAAUGCCCAUCAAAGCCCACUACUGCAAGGCAGCUCUUCGACAAGCCUGUCAAAAAGCCUUCGCAGCCCACGACGGUGGCCAAACCAGUGGCCAAACCAGUGGCCAAACCAGUGGCCAAACCAGUGGCCAAACCAGUGGCCAAACCAGUGGCCAAACCAGUGGCCAAACCAGUGGCCAAACCAGUGGCGUUACGACCAAAGAAGAAGAGCGUCAUUAUUCCGGACUCAAUACAGCCUCUAUUCGACCCAAUCAGCAAGGCGCGCCUCAAGCCGGGCGAGGAACUGCCGAAAUCUGUAGUGGAUAGCUCAUGGUUGAUCCAGAAGCAUCGCGAAGACAUUGGCGAAUUCUCUGACGUAUCGGCUGAAGAGAAGGAAUACAUCCGCAGGUGGGACGCGUUUAUUCUUCAGGAGAGUGUCACUGCUGGAGCAUACUUGAGACGGGCUUGGCUCAAGUUUGUCAGAGAGAACGCGUUGUGGUUGGUAAGUGCAAGUCAUCGAAUGAACGAGUACAGCAAGCACUUGUGUGUUUUGAUGGUGCGCGAUAUUCUGGAUGACCAGAGCAUUGAAAAUGCUGGAAAGUUGAUUGACGAAGCAAGAGCCGAGCUGAAGUCUGGCGACGGCAACGAGCAAACGAGUAGUACAGAGCCGGGCGAUGCUUCAUUAAAGCAGUCACCUCGCGCUUCACAAAUCGUGAAGGGCACAAAUGGGUGUACAGUGUGCCAACUCCCCGUCCUUGGACCUUCUUUGCUGGUCUGUUCCAACAAGAAAUGUCCCAGUCGGCUCUACCAUGCGGGCUGCGUUGAAGAGUCAGCAGUUGUGCCAGUGACUCGCCCAAGGUGGUGCUGCAACGAGUGCAGCAAAACUGAAGGAUCCACCUAG